AUGUCCUGGAGAAAGCUUGCAGGAAGCCCAUUUGAGACUUACAAGAAAGACGCGGUUGCGUCCAAUGGGAUGGUUACUACCAACCAUCCGAUGGGUUCAGCUGCGGGACUAGAGAUGCUGGCAAUGGGCGGCAAUGCGAUGGACGCGGCUGUGGCGUCCGUCUUCGCGCUCAGCGUUGUGGAGCCGAUGAUGGUCGGCAUAUUCGGGGCAGGAUUCAUCAACUACUACGACGCCUCAAGCGGGGAGUUCGUAAACAUCGAUAACUAUUCGGUCGCUCCGGCAGCAGCCACGCCGGAUAUGUAUGAGACCGUCUCCGAUACCUGGCCGGACUACAUGGAGACGGCGGACCGCGCCAAUUUGGUGGGCUAUAGAUCGGUGGGAGUGCCCGGCGCGCUGAUGGGAUGGUGCUACGCGGAAGAGAAGUACGGCAAACUAGGAAUCGACACAGUGGUCCAGCCAGCGAUACGCUAUGCCAAGCGUGGUUUCGCGGUCAGCCGAUACCUCGCGGACAUCAUCCGCCUCAAUCAGGAAGACCUGGCUAUGUUUCCGGCAAGCGCGGAGGUGUUUCUGCCUAGAGGCAAUCCCCCGUCGGUCGGUCAGACCAUUGUCAGGUCGGAUUACGCCCGUACUCUGGAGGCGGUUGCCGCCGAGGGACCGGACGUGCUUUAUAAGGGGCGCAUCGGCGAGAUGGUCGUCUCGGAUAUGUCUGCGAACGACGGCAUCAUUACGGAAGACGACUUCGAGAACUACCGCAUACAUCUCAGGGAGCCGGUGCGCGGUACUUACAGAGGGCACGAUAUCGUAUCCGUCGCGCCCACCAGUUCGGGCGGCACGGCGAUUGUCGAGAUACUGAACAUACUGGAGGGAUUCGACGUAACAUCUCUUGGAUUCGGUACGGCGGAAGGAUCGCAUCUGCUGGCUGAAGCCAUGAAGAUUGCAUUCGCAGACCGCUUCGAGUAUUUGGGGGACCCUGCCUUCGUCGAAGUCCCGGUCGGCGCAUUGACGGACAAGGGUUAUGCUGCCGCACGGAGGCGCGAGAUCGACACAUCUCAUGCACGUGAUUACAGCUACGGGAAUCCCUCGCUCUAUGUCGGUGAAGGCGCAGACACGACUCACCUCACGACCGCUGACUCAGACGGCAACGUCGUGUCCACGACACAAACGAUUCACGCGGUGUUUGGCUCAAAGGUGACGACACCCGGUACAGGUAUGCUUCUGAACAACACGAUGAACAUCUUCGAUCCGCAUCCCGGCAACGCGAACUCCAUCGCGCCGGGCAAGCGAAUGGUCAGCAGUAUGUCUCCAACCAUCGUGAUGAAGGACGGCAAGCCGCUGAUGGCGCUGGGAACGCCGGGCGCAACGCGCAUAUUCCCUUCAGUACUGCAGGCGAUUGUGAAUGUCAUCGACCACGGUAUGUCCCUUCAAGAGGCGGUGGAAGCGCCGCGGAUAUGGACGCAGGGGCAGGAGCUUGAGAUAGAACCGGGCAUAUCCGACGGAGUUCGACAGGCGUUGAAGGGGAUGGGGCAUAAAGUUCAGGUCACACCGAGGGUCGCCGGAGGAAUGAACGGGGUGAUGUUCGAUUAUGCGAACGGGACAAUUCGAGGCGCUGCGUGUUACAGGGCGGACGGCGUUCCUGCGGGCUUCAGCGGCGGCGCGGCAAGGCCGUCGGACGAUCCGUUGUACAGGUUCUAG